AUGUGCAGUUCGUGGCAGCUGGAGAUGGCUGACUUGGCUGCAUUGCUCAGUUUGUCGGUUGGGGCUGUGAACCUGGUGGCCUUCCAGGCCAUUGGACGCUGGUUCGGUGUUGUUUUUGACGUGCAUGGCCAGCUCAGCCAGCUCAGGGCCCGCCCCCUUAAGACAUUGGAUCGCCUGCUGGUGAUGCGGGGACAUGGCUUUGCCUUUCCAUAA